AUGGACAAAGCAGUUCGUGGUGCAACAAAAUCGAAGAGCGCAGCGCCAAAACGGAAGUACCUGACAGCGCUUACAAAGGCCAGUACGAACGAUAUUGCCUUGAAUGAUAUGUUUACAACGCUUCGUUACCGGCUUAGGGAACAUUCUUGGGCGGUUGUCUUUAAAAGCUUAAUAGUCAUCCAUACGCUAUCCAGAGAAUCAAACGGUGAAAGAGUGCUCGCCCAUAUAGCAAAUGAUCCAACUAUAAUCAAUGUUUCCGGAUUCAAAGAUAAAUCCGGCUCUCACGCUGAACAAAAGAAGCAUAUACAUUCAUAUGCUAAAUACCUGGAAGAAAAAGUCGUGGUUUAUCGUGAUUUGAAGAUUGACUAUGUGAGACAGAAUGAGAAUGGGGAUGGUAGACUCAGAAGUCUUACGGUAGAUAAAGGACUGUUGAGGGAAGUUAAGAUUGUACAACGACAGCUGGGGGCUCUGUUGAAUUGCAAGUUUUAUUUGGAUGAAGUCGAUAAUGAAGUGACGCUAGUUGCAUUCAGAUUACUUGUCAAAGAUUUAUUAGCUCUAUUCCGAGUGGUGAACGAGGGUGUUAUUAAUGUCCUAGAACAUUUUUUUGAGAUGUCAAAGUACGACGCGAAGGAUUCGUUAGAAAUUUACAAAACGUUUGCUAAGCAGACGGAAGCAGUUGUUGACUAUUUGAACGUUGCCAAGAAAUUGCAAGCAGCACUUCAAAUAAAUAUUCCCGCUCUCAAACAUGCACCAGUAUCUUUGACCGUUACAUUAGAAGGAUAUCUGAAUGAUCCGAAUUAUGAAGAAAAUAAAAAAGCCUACGAAUUGUCAAAACGUAACCGUACCGAAUCCCAAACAUCAUCUAAACCCACGGUAAAACAGACAACUACCAAAUCGACAACGCCUUCCUCGUCGUCGGCUUCUAAACCUGUCACCGAUAAAAUGCCUUCGGAUGCCAAACCUUCGGACUCAACCAAGGAAAAAGAUCUCAUCGACUUUGAUUUCUUCUCUGCUAUUGAGGAUCGGCAAUCAGUGAUAACAGGCAGCCCGUAUCAAUAUGUAGGAUCGUUUGGUAGAAGCGCUACCAACCCAUUUCUUGCUGUUCAACUCAUACAACCACAAAUAAACCAGCCUUUACUACUAAGCAACCAGCCCAUACAACAAGCUCCACUGACCUUGCAACCAUCAGCCGGAUUGGACAGCAAUCCAUUUAGAUCAUCGAUGUAUUCCACAACCUCGACUGUUGUCUCAACUAACUCCUCUCUUAGUAAUCCAUUCCAGGCAGUAAACCAGCUUCCAUCGGUUUCGCCAAAUCCAACGAAUCCAUCGAAUCCAUUCUCAACAUUAUUUGCUGGCUCGCCAGUUCAGUCACCAGUAAAUCAACAGGUUGAUAGCAACCCAUUCAGAAAGAUGUCCGUUUCUCCUGGAUUUGGAACAUCGCCUACGGGGACGUCUUCUAUAGGGCAAAUUAGCAAUGUUGCACCGGGGAACGGCUUAUUCCAGAAUGCGAACAUCGGUCAGGGGAACUUUCCGUUUGGACAGGGCCAGAUAUCACAACAGCCUGCCGGGAAUAUGUCCAACGGUGCGUUUUAG